AUGGAACAAAGUGGUCUUCUGAGUAACCUACACCUAACUCAAGCUUUAAACUUCUGUGAGCUUCAUGGCUUCUUUGUCCAGGAAAACAUCCAAGGAGAUAUUACCUUUUUCUUAGAUGAUGACUUUCCUGUUCUAGAUCCUCCUGAAUGUGAUUACUCUAUGUGCAUGUUACAUCCAGAUUGGCAGGAUGAUCUGAUGUGUUACUACGAAGAAGAUGAAGGAUUUCUGUAUUGUUCAUGGUUAAUGCUCCCCCAGACAUCUGUGUUUACUGUGGUUUUCAAAUGGAAUAGAAUUUGUGAAAUGUUGGUAACGACCUUAUCAUCUAUUGAAAGAAGUCGGCAAUAUUUUCAUCCAAAAGCAAAUUUGACUGUAUGGGUAGCCAGCAGUUAUUCCAACGAGAGCUGCAUUACAACAAAGAAAAUGUCUUUUAUACCCAACAAAACAAAGAAAUGUCCUUCACCUUCUGUGAUAAGAGCAUAUCAGCUGUUCAAUAAAAUAAUAAUUGCAUGGAAAUCACCAAGCAACAUACUACAAUAUGAGUUACAAUUUAAGGAAGCAACACAAGCAAACUCAAACUGGACAUUGGUUCCUAUUGUGAAUGGGGCCUUUAAUGCAACUGUCUCCAGUGUAAAAUCAUCAUCAUCUUAUGUUGCUAGGCUCAGAUGCCUUCCCAAGAGUGAAAGUUGUUCUAUUUGUGUUUGGAGUGAACAGAUUUCUAUCCCACAUAAGCUUACUGAAAAACCAACCAUUUUGGAAAACACAGUUAAAGAGAUCUCACAAGGAAAGAUAAGUGUCUUCCUUAAAUGGAAGGUUUUUCUAAUAACCAUGCUACUUCCAGUGGUUGUAGGAAGCUCAGUAUCAACCGACAAAGAGAUCCAGCCCUAUGACACUUUUCUCCAGGGCUUGUGUGACCAAAAGGCUCAUUUACCUGGCCAGAUCAAUGUCUCAAAUCAUCAAAAUCGUAGUGUUAUCUCUUGGGAUCUAAAAUAUACACCAAAUUACAUUGUGAUUGACUGGGGAACAGGAAUUGAAGACAUGGACUUGGAAAUAAUAUCUGGACGUAUGAAAAAGAAGACACUAGGUCAUCUCCAACCAUAUAAGUUAUAUAAAGUAAUGUUGCAUGCAUUUUAUGGUCGGUGUGAGGACUUCAUGAAGUAUGAACGGACAUUUGGCAUGGCAUACUUCUAUGCAGUGGAAGGAGUUCCCAGGACAGGACCUACUAACGUGACAAUUCUAGCUGUCACGAAGCAUUCAGCUCUUGUGAAAUGGACUGAAAUACCUGCAGAAGAGUGCUUAGGAUUCCUUCAAGCUUACCAAAUAUCCUACGCAGAAAUCCUGGAAAAUGUCUCUUCAACUGUCAUUGUCAAAUCUUCAGCUAAGCAGUAUCUCCUAACAGAACUUAAGGCAAAAACUGUUUACAGAGUACACAUCUCAGGAGUCACAAGUAAGGGAGAAGGAGCUCAAAGCCGGCCGCGACACUUUACUACACUGAAAUAUGAUGAAGGGGAAUUUGAAAGAAUUCUUGCUGGCCUCUGUCUUGGCAUCAUACUCACCAUGCUCUUUGUUGUCAUGGUUUAUUCCUUAGUAUUUAAAAGAUCUAGAAAAGUGUGCUGGCCAGUUGUACCAAAUCCCAGAUAUAGCAGUGCUACGCAGAAUAUGGAAGGAACCUUUCCAGUGGCUCUCCUUGGACCUGGCUUGCAGCAGUUGGUUUCAUCUCAACCAUGUAAUGGAGAGAAGAUAAUCUAUGUGGAAGAAAGCCAUUCACUUAUAAGACAUGGUUCCCCUUCAAUGUACAAGGCCACAAGGAAAGGUUCUGCAAAACAUUUUGAAGUGGUUGGAAUGGAAAAACUAGAUGCUAAUCUUAUUCCUUUGAAAAAAACAGAUGAAAUUAAUAUCAGCAAAAAAGGAAAAGGUACCAUUCACUGUGAUUAUGUUGGCUUGGAUGUCAGUCACAGAGCUAUGCAGUUUUCAAAAGUAAUCCACCAUUUACCCAGUAAUCCAGGAAGAGGAACAGAACCAGCAGCAUAUUCUCCUCAAAGUUUGGUGAAGCCAAGUCAAGAGGUGAUGAGGCCAGAAAAACCAUCCCCAGAAAACAGGUUAAAGUUGGAUCAGAACCUUCUUAGUUGAUCAGUUAAAUGCAAGUAGCCACUUGCAUAGACUUACCAAGAAAUUUCAGGUAUCUCUAUCUGCUUUACUAUGAAUCAAUACAAAUGUACCCAUAUACCAGGAAAAUGCAAUUUCCCUAGCAAAUAAUGAUAACCAACUUUCAAGCAUUCCUUCAAGAAGUGAAUAAAAAUGU